UCUAAACUAAACCCCAAACGUAAAUUACUAAAUUCUCAGCAACUAAAGCAUGUCAACUUUUAGAAAUCCCUGUCUUGUUCUCUUCCAUAUUGUUUUGCUUUCUUUACUUCCAUUGAAGAUCUCAUGUUCAGCAAGAACACAAGCGGAAGCACUCGUCCUAUGGAAGAACAGCUUGUCUUUUUCGCCACCUUCUCUCAAUUCUUGGUCCCUUUCCAAUCUCAACAACCCCUGCAACUGGACUUCCAUUACCUGCGAUGGCACUGGAACAGUGUCCGAAAUCAGCCUUUCCAAUGCAAACGUGUCUGGUUCCAUUGCUCAAUUCAAUUUCACUCCAUUUGCCAAACUCCUUGUCUUGGACUUGAGCAACAAUUCUUUUGAAGGAACCAUACCAUCGGAGAUAGGUCAUCUAACGGAGCUUCAAUAUCUGAGUCUGUUCAACAACAAUCUCAGUGGUACCAUUCCUCCUCAAGUUAGCAAUCUCCAAAAAAUAAGGUACCUCGACCUUGGAUAUAACUACUUUCUUUCUUCUGACUCGUCCGAUUUCUUGGCCAUGCCUUUGUUGACACACCUCAGCUUGUCUUACAAUGAACUUGAAUUGGAAUUCCCUCAAUUUAUACUCAACUGCCAUAAUCUUACUUUCCUGGACUUGUCACUGAAUACGUUGACUGGUCCAAUACCUGAAUCACUGUACUCCAAUCUGAGCAAGCUUGAGUAUCUCAAUCUCUCUAGUAAUUCGUUUGAAGGAACAUUAUCAGCAAACAUUUCCAAGCUUUCCAAACUCGUAGAUCUUCAACUAGGAAACAAUCGGUUAAAUGGUUCAAUUCCUGAUAGUAUAGGAACCAUGUCUAAUCUUGAAACUAUUGAAUUGUUUGAAAAUUCGUUUGAAGGGGAGAUUCCAUCUUCUUUAGGCCAACUAAGAAAGCUCAGGAAAUUUGAUAUCCACUCAAAUGGCUUAAAUUCUACAAUCCCAUCCGAGCUCGGUUCCUGUACUAACCUCACCUUUUUGGCCUUAGCUGGGAAUCAACUGAGUGGAGAGUUGCCUAUGUCAUUGUCACAUGAGUUGGGUUUAUCUGAAAAUUCUCUUGUCGGUGAGAUCCCACCAUCUCUCAUUUCUAAUUGGACCAACUUGAUGUCUUUGCUACUUGAAAACAAUUUUUUCACGGGGUCUAUUCCACCAGAAAUAGGCCUGUUGUCAAAGCUCCGCUUCCUCUUUCUGUAUGACAAUAAACUCUCUGGCUCAAUUCCUUUAGAGAUUGGAAACUUGAAUUCCAUGAGAAUUUUGGACCUCUCUAGAAAUCAGCUUACGGGUCCAAUUCCUCCAACUAUAUGGAGUCUUUCAAAACUUGAAGGUUUACAGCUUUUCUAUAAUUAUCUUAACGGCACAAUUCCACCAGAGGUUGGAAAUAUUACAUCCUUGCAGUCUCUUGAUGUCAGCAUAAACCUCUUGCAUGGGAAAUUACCGGACACAAUUUCUAACCUCACCAACCUUAUAGCAUUCUCCGUGUUCACCAAUAAUUUCUCGGGUAGCAUUCCUAGGGAUUUUGGGAAGAAUAAUCCUCAUUUGAAUUAUGUGAGCUUUUCCAACAGCAGCUUUUUUGGAGAAUUGCCGCCUGAAUUGUGCAGUGGUUUUGCUCUUGAAAAUUUCACGGUAAAUAGAAACAACUUCACAGGGUCAUUGCCAGCUUGCUUCAGGAAUUGUUCAAGGCUAAAGAGAGUCCGGUUUGAUGGGAACCAAUUUACGGGUCACAUCACCAAUGCAUUUGGAGUUCAUCCUUAUCUAGACUUUAUUUCUCUUAGUGACAAUCAAUUUACAGGUGAAAUCUCACCAGAGUGGGGAGAAUGCCGUAGUCUUACCAAUCUACAAAUGGACAGGAACAGGAUUUCUGGUGAAAUCCCCGCUGAGCUUGGGAAGUUGAGUCGGUUGCACCUUCUAAACCUGGGAGCCAAUGAGUUGACAGGGAACAUUCCUCUUGAACUGGGAAAUCUUAGCAUGUUGUUCUACCUCAAUUUGAGCAGGAAUCAUCUCACUGGUGACAUCCCUCAGAUUAUGGGAAACUUAGUGAGUUUAGAGUUCCUUGAUCUAUCGGGGAACGAAUUGAUAGGAGAUAUACCAGAAGAACUUAAGAGUUGUGAAAAGUUAUUGAGCUUGAACUUGAGUCACAACAAUUUAUCUGGUGAUAUUCCUCGUGAGCUAGGUAGCUUAUCAGUUUUGCAUUACUUACUCGAUCUCAGCAGCAAUUCCUUCUCAGGUUCAAUCCCUCAAGACCUAGGGAAGCUUGUAUCAUUGGAGAAUCUAAACGUUUCACAUAACUAUCUCUCAGGCGGAAUCCCGACUUCAUUGUCCUCCAUGAUUAGUCUCUGGUCAUUUGAUUUCUCCCACAAUGAGUUAACAGGCCCGAUUCCAAACGAUGGUGUAUUCCAAAAUGCUUCUGGAAAUGCUUUUGUUGGAAACUCAGGUUUGUGUGGAGAUGUUGAAGGAUUAACUCCUUGCAGCAAGUCCAAUAACAAGAAUGUUCUUAUCGCUACCAUUGUUCCUGUAAGCGGCAUAUUAAUUCUAGCAACAAUAGCUGCUGGAGUGUUUAUAUAUCUCCGGCGAAGCAAAAUGCUCGAUGAGGAGAUUAAAGGUAGUAAAAUGGCUGAAUUUUCUGAGUCAACCAAUUGGGAAAGAGAAGGAAAAUUUACAUUUGGUGACAUUGAAAAAGCCACAGAAGGCUUUGCUGAUAAGUACUGCAUCGGAAAGGGAGGAUUUGGAAGUGUUUACAGGGCAGUAUUGCCUUCAGGUCAAGUAGUUGCAGUUAAAAAACUCAAUUUGUCAGACUCCGAGGACAUUCAAGUCACCAAUCAGAUUUUUGAGACGAGACAUCGAAACAUCGUCAAGUUAUACGGGUUCUAUUCUAGUAAGGAGCUUAUGUACCUGGUCUACGAAUAUGUGGAGAAAGGUUGUUUGAGAAAAGUGUUAUAUGAGGGUGAGGAGACGCUGGGCUGGCCUACAAGGUUGAAAAUUGUGCAGGGACUGGCUUAUGCAAUUGCUUACAUGCACCGUGGCUGUUCUCCACCAAUUAUACACCGAGACAUAUCUAUGAAUAACAUUUUGCUCGAGUCAGAUUUUGAGCCCAAACUCUCAGAUUUUGGCGUUGCUAGAUUGUUGAACCCAAAUUCAUCCAACUGGACCACAGUUGUUGGGUCUUAUGGCUACACUGCGCCAGAGCUUGCACUCUCAAUGCGAAUCACAGAAAAAUGUGACAUCUACAGCUUUGGAGUGGUAGCAUUAGAGCUUAUGCUGGGAAAGCACCCAGGGGAGCUUUUGAGUUCAUUGUCAACACCAUUGUCAUCAAACAACAAAAAAUUGUUUCUAAUGGAUGUGCUAGACCAACGACUUCCACCUCCGACAGGACAAAUUGCAACGGAUGUUGUUUUUGUAGUGGCUGUGGGCUUAGCUUGUGCUCGUGUCACACCAGAGUCACGACCUCCCAUGCAUUUUGUGGCGCAAGAACUGUCAGCAGGAACCCAGGCUUGCCUGGAUGAACCAUUGGGAACGAUAACCAUUAGCAUGCUGGCUGGUCUAAAGAGCAUAAAGGUACGGAACAAACCGGCAAGUUUCAAUUUGGAGGAGGCAGAGUGCCAAUCGAAUCCUGGUGCCACGGUGAGUUAGGCUUCGAUUAUAUAUGCCAUUUAAGAAGUUGCACUAGUGUGUUUAUUUCCGUGUUUUAGAGGGCUAGCGGCCAGUAAAUGAGAAUGUUAAGAUUUGGAUUGAGCUCCAGAAGUCAUAUAGCUGGAAGAGGUGUCCGGUGGUGAACCUACGCCGGGCACCCUGUUAUAAACCUACGCCGGUGUGUUGGUAUUCCUAUUGCUUUUGGUGCAAAAUUUGGGUUUAAUUAUUUUAGUUUGAGUAGUUACUGAGUAAAAGUGA